GCCCCUCACUACACUAUGUAUUAUGGAAAUGCGAUACAGAUUCGCGACCAACACAACAAGAAGAGGAGAAAAUUUUAUCAUUUUCGUUUCCCUGAGGCCUUGAAAAGAAGAAGAAAGAAAGGUGUGGAAAUCAAAUCAAGAAUGAAGACUUCGCUGAGAAGAUUUCGAGGCUUCACAUUUCAUCACAGGCACCAUGAUUCUAAGGACCGAAGAGAUCUUCGCCCUCUCGCUCAAUUGGACGAGUUCGCUCUGGCUUAUCAGGAUAUGCAUGACAUGAGAGACUGCUAUGAUAGCUUACUUUCGGCAGCUGCAGCAACGGCAAAUAGUGCUUAUGAAUUCUCGGAGUCAUUGCAGGAAAUGGGUGCCUGUCUUCUUGAGAAAACUGCGUUGAAUGAUAAUGAAGAAAGUGGAAAAGUUUUGCUAAUGCUGGGAAAAGUGCAGUUUGAACUCCAGAAACUUGUUGAUAACUAUCGCUCUCAUAUCUUCCAGACAAUCACAGUCCCGUCAGAGUCUCUUCUUAAUGAACUUCGAACAGUUGAGGAGAUGAAGCGACAAUGUGAUGAAAAAAGAAGUGUAUAUGAUUACAUGGUGAUGAGGCAGAGAGAAAAAGGGAGGUCAAAAAGUGGGAAAGGAGAAACUUUUUCUAUGCAACAGUUGCAAACAGCUCAUGAUGAGUAUGAUGAGGAGGCAACCUUAUUUGUUUUUCGUUUGAAGUCUCUGAAGCAAGGACAAUCCCGGAGUCUUCUUACACAAGCCGCUAGACACCAUGCUGCUCAGAUGUGUUUCUUCAAGAAGGCUCUUAAGUCUCUCGAGGCAAUAGAGCCACAUGUGAAAAUGGUUACAGAACAACAGCACAUUGAUUACCAGUUCAGUGGACUUGAAGAUGAUGAUGGGGAUGAUGGUGAUGAUGAUGAUGAAAGCUCUGAUACACAUGGUGACGGGGAAUUGAGUUUUGACUAUGGACAAAAUGACCAGGAGAAUGUUUCUACUUCGCGAAACUCAAUGGAGUUGGAUGAGGCAGACAUUACAUUUCCCCAAGUUGCUCCUGUGGAGACUGCAAUGGAAAAUCUGGAUAGAGGCUAUAGGAGAUCCAUUUCCUUUAGUAGGGAUGUUAGGCUAGGAAGCCAGUCAGCGCCAAUUUUUGCUGAAUUCAAAUCUGACCCUAUUGACAAGGUUAAGCAAAUGCAACCGUCAUCUUCACGGAAGUUCAACACAUAUGUACUACCAACACCAGUAGCUACAAAGGGUUCAACUUCUUCAGGACCAGGUAGUCCAGUUCCUCACCCAGUGAAGUCAAGUUUGAGUGGAUAUACUCAUAAUGUGUGGCAUUCAUCCCCCUUGGACCGAACAAAAUUUGAUAAAAGUUUGAGUGAUGAGAAAGUCUCCAGAUCUUUCGCACAGUCUGUCCUCAGAGAGAACAACAAUAAUACUGCAUCAACUCGACUACCUCCUCCUUUGGCAGAUGGGUUUUUAUUUUCGCGGUUUGAUCCUCCAGGUGCUUCUGAUUAUAAAAAAAUCAAAAGACAAUCUUUUUCUGGUCCAAUUACAAGUAUACCCUCAGCUAUGAAAACUGUCUCAAAGGAACAUCCCCAAAUGUUAUCUGGACCAAUUUUACGAAGUCCGAUAGCUCAACCACCAACCUCAUCCCCGAAAAUUUCUCCAAGUGCUUCCCCUACUUUUACGUCUUCACCCAAGAUAAGUGAGCUUCAUGAACUUCCAAGACCCCCUGCCAAUUCUAUUUCCAAGUCUUCAAGAUCUAUGGUGGUUGGUCAUUCAGCUCCCUUGAGGCCCAAAGUUCAAAUGCCUUACGCUACCAAUAGAUCAUCGGUGUCAAAUGCAGCAUCUCCACUGCCAACACCUCCUGAGGCAAUCACUCGUAGUUUUUCCAUACCCUCAAGGGAUCAUAAAAUGACUUCCUUAGAUGUUUCCAAGCCACACAAUUUAGGGAUGGUAUCGCCUCCUCUAUCACCAUUAACUUUAACUAACAAGAAGUCACCAUCAACUGGUUCAGAAACUGUUGCCCAGGUUGUUGAAAUUACAGGACUUGAGGUAUCUUCUGGGUAAGCACCAGAGAUGAUAUAUUAACCAAUCUCUACUGUUCUAUCGGC